AUGGUUCCUAGAUCUGGGAAGCGGCAGGAGUCGUUCGCGACCGCGGAAUCCGACGUGAGCCGCGAUGACGAUGACGGCGGCAUUAAGGAGGAAGGCAUGGACAUCAUAUUCGAGAUUUCCAGAAUACUGAACACCGGGUUGGAUAGGGAAACCGUGUCUAUCCUCGUCGGACUGUGCGAGAAGGGCGUGGAUCCGACGGUGCUGGCCUACGUCGUCAAGCACCUCAAGGAAGCCAGAAAGGACUUCCUGUCGAAACUGGUGUCACACAAGCCGCCCAUUUGA